AUGGCAACACCACACUUCCGGUCCGCGCAGCCACCGACCGGAACUCGCUGCGGCCAGCUCGCAAGGUUGCAGUCUCAAGAUCCACACCGCCUAAAGAACUCCAUGCCCAGUGCUGGGUCCUUUCCUACCACGGUGCCCCAAGGGGGCUCAAGCCCUGGCCCCCCACAGCCAGAGCCGGAACCAGAACCGGAACCAGAGCCCCCCAAGAAGAAAAGGAAGAAGAAAUAUCUUCGGCAUGACAAGCCUCCCUACACCUACCUGGCCAUGAUAGCCCUGGUGAUCCAGGCUGCCCCGGCCCGGAGGCUCAAACUGGCCCAGAUUAUUCACCAGGUUCAAGCUCUGUUCCCCUUCUUCAAGGAUGACUAUGAAGGGUGGAAGGAUUCCAUCCGGCACAACCUCUCCUCCAACCGAUGCUUCCAUAAGGUGCCCAAGGACCCGGAAAAGCCACAGGCCAAGGGGAAUUUUUGGGCAGUGGACGUGAGCCAGAUCCCUGCUGAGGCACUUCGGUUGCAAAACACAGCUGUGGCCCGUCGAGGGGAGAGGGGUGGCCAGGGCAAAGCCUUUGCCAAGGACCUGACCCCCUAUGUUCUCCAUGGCUGGCCCUACCGGCCCCCUAGCCCCAACCUAGCCAGUGACUCCUUCAGUAUUGAUUCCUUGCUUGGGGAUAUUUCAGAAGGGCCCCAGCCCUCAAGGCCAUUCUCUUCCUCUUCUUCCUCCUCUUCUACUUCAGAGCCAGCGUCCUGGCCCCCUCCCUCAGAGGGGGGACUCUGGCCCCUCCGGCCCAUCCCGCUUCUGCAGGGUACCUCAACCCAGGCAGGGCUGUUGGGAACCACAGGGGGGUCUCAGCUCCCUCCUACUCUCUCAUCUGAGCAAGGCUCCUGGCCUCUCUUGCCCCUGCCUGUAAUUCAAGGUACCUCAAGCCAGGUGCAGCUAUCAGGAGGUACCAGGGUUCCCCUUUGGGGACAGCUGCCCACAUCAUACUCCCCCAUAUAUACCCCAAAUGUGGUGAUGCCCCUAGCACCCCCACCUUGCCCUCAGUGUCUGCCCUCACCAGGACCUUCCUACUGGGGGCUAGCACCUAAGACCACAGGUCCCUCUGGCUCUGUAGGGGACUUGGAUUCGCUCUUCCAGGUGGUACCACCCAACAAGAGCAUCUAUGAUGUGUUGGUCACUCACCCCUUAGACCUGGUAUCUCCUAACCCCAGGGGGUCUACUCCAGGUGCACUACUCACCUGGUACAAUGUGUGAAGAAGUUGGACCAAGAUCUCUCUCCCAUUCAUUCCUUGUCUUCUUCCCCAAACUC